AUGCCUGGGCCUGGUAGUGUACCUGGAUUUCUUCUCAAGUUGUGGAAUCUUGUGGAGGAUCCACAGACAGACUCUGUCAUAUCAUGGGGCCAAACAGGCAAGAGCUUCAUCAUAAAAAAUCCUGUUCUCUUUGCAAACACACUUCUUCCACUCUAUUUCAAACACAACAAUGUUGCAAGCUUUGUGAGACAGCUGAACAUGUAUGGCUUCCACAAAGUGGUUCCUGUUGGGAUGGGGAGUGCACGCUUGGAAAAUAAGGAAAUGGAAUUCACUCAUACAUACUUUGUGAAAGGUGGGCUUCUGCUCCUCAAUCGAAUCAAAAGGAAAAUAUCUCAUAGUCGCACUGAGGAUCCUCUCAAGAUAGAUAUCCUUCCUGCUUUAGAAGAAGUGAAACACAAGCAAGAAGAUAUGGAGUCUCAACUUCAAUCCAUGAAGCAAGAGAAUGAGACCUUAUGGAUGGAGGUGGCUACUCUUCGUCAGAAGCAUGCUAAGCAGCAGCAACUUAUCAAUAAUCUGAUAAAGUUCCUUGUGUCUGUUGUACGUCCACAUGCCAGUGGAUCAGGAGUUGGAGUGAAACGAUCAUACCCAUUGAUGAUCAACAGCUCUGAUUCUGAUGCCAGUCAAGGUCCUUCUAAGAGUUCCAAGAAAUUAAUGGCAAAGGAGGAAUUUUUUGAUGACACUAACUCCCAGCAUGGUCCUGUGAUUCGAGAUGUCACUGAUCUCCCUGCUUCACCGAAUGGGUCUGCUGCAACAGUAAUUCUCCCUGGAGAUCAGUACUCAAUCCCACAGGCUGCAGUGCCAAUAUCUGUUCCAGCAUCACAACCCAAGUCUCACUGCAAUGAUAGUACUAAACUCCUGAUGAAUUCAGAUCAAGGAAAUUCCAGCCAGUCUUUUCUGAAUAUAAAUUUGGAUGAAACAGAGCUAUCUCCUGAACUGCUUGUCACAGUGGAUCCUUCAGAAAUCUUUGAAUCAGACCCAGUUGCAAAAUCAGGUUCAUCAAACACUGUGGCCAUGUCAAAGACAAAGGAAAAACAGGUAUCGCCCCUAGCUGGAAAGGUCACGAAGAAGAGCAAACGAAUAAGAGGAGAUCCUUCUACUGGUGACACUUCUAACUUGGUUGGUAGUGGUAACAAUUGUACAUUUGAUGCUGAUACCAUUUCUGGAGAUCUCCUUGGUAGAGAGAACUCUCUUAACACUCCUGACUCAACCUUUGUAGAAGGAGGGAAUUCCAGUUUGUCAGUAGCUGUACCUCAGUAUGCCUCUCUUGGAGCAACUACAGGUCAUCAGGCAUCAACCUCCAAGAUGGAUUGGAAUCAUUUCAUGGAAUUGUUGAGCAGUGGGAAUUUUGAUGUUGACUUGGAUCAGUUAUUUGGGUUGAGCUCAGCAAGCGGUCUAAGUGUGCCACAAGGUAGCAGUACUAUUAGUGGCUCUGUCACAGUACGAGAACCACGUACAGCAGCUUCAGAUGCAGUUUCUUUGGGCACUGGCACCAUGUCCCCAACACACUACACAGGAGUGACAACUUACAACCCAUCUCUGUAUGACCUGAUUGAUGAAGUGGAAAGU